AUGGGGUUAGAGCAAGUUCUCCACAUGAAUGGAGGGGAGGAAGACUUCAGUUAUGCAAACAACUCAUCUACUCAGAAUGACGUGAUUUUGAAAGCAAAACCUUUAAUACAAGAAAGCAUUUAUGAGAUGUGUAGCAGCAACAUAUUCUCAGAAUGUUUCCGUUUUGCUGAUCUGGGAUGCUCGUCCGGGCCCAACACAUAUUUGCCCACAUGGGAAGUUAUAGAGGCUCUUGAUCUAACGUGCCGUGGAUUCAAUCAUAAACCACCCAUGCUGCAGGUAUUCUUGAAUGAUCUUCCCGGAAAUGAUUUCAACAGCGCUUUCAAGUCAUUGCCAAGUUUUUAUGAAAGACUUGAGAAAGAGAAAGGUGAUGAGUUUGGGCAACAUAAUUGUUUGAUAGCUGCAGUUCCUCGAUCGUUUUAUGAAAUGCUAUUUCCACCCCAUUCCCUUCACUUUAUAUUUUCCUCUUACGCUGUCCACUGGCUUUCAGAAUUACCCGAAGGAUUAGUGAGUGAAUCCGGAAUUCCAAUGAAUAAACAAAACUUUUAUAUAGGGAAGACGAGUCCUUCUAAUGUCAGGAAAGCAUGCUUGGAUCAGUUUGAGAAAGAUUUUACGUUGUUUCUUAAAUUACGAUCAGAGGAGUUAAAAUCUGGUGGUCGUAUGGUCCUCACCGUCAUGGGUGACGACAAACACAGCCCUCAUGUUUGGGACUUAUUAGGAAAUGUAGCAAAUGAUAUGGUCUCAGAGGGGUUGAUUGAAGGAUCAAAAUUGGAAUCAUUCAAUGUUCCACUAUAUUCACCUCGUGCUGAAGAAGUAAGGCAUAUUAUUGAAAGAGAAGGAUCAUUCAACAUCCAUCAGCUUCAAACAUUCAAUAUAAGCUGGUUCCAGAUCUCCGACAUGAAGAAUCAUGAAGGCCUGGAGUUGGACAGUAGUAAGUAUUCAGAAGUAGGAGGCAAGAUUGUAGCAGGUCGAAAGAGAGCGGUAGCAGAACCCCUUGUGGCUAGACAUUUUGGGAAGGCCAUCAUGGAUGAUAUGUUCCAAAGAUUUUCAAUCAAAGCAACUCACUACUUGGAAAUGGAACCAAGAGCAGCAUACCCGAGUAUACUUUUUUCCUUGAUAAAAAAACGAACAUUCUAUAUUAAAUAA